UCCCUGAGGCCCGGCCCUACUUCUGCUUCCUGACCCGGGGAUGGCAGCUGGCCUGAAGGGAUGGCUGCUCUGGGCCCUACUCCUGAAUUCGGCCCAAGGGGAUCUCUACACACCCAUUCAUCAGGCUGGCUACUGCACCUUUUAUGAAGAGUGUGGGAAGAAUCCAGAGCUGUCUGGAGGCCUCACGUCACUGUCCAAUGUAUCUUGCCUGUCUAAUACCCCGGCCCGCCAGGUCACAGGGGAGCACCUGGCCCUCCUCCAGCGCAUCUGUCCCCGCCUGUACAAUGGCCCCAACACCACCUUUGCCUGUUGCUCCACCAAGCAGUUGCUGGCAUUAGAGAGCAGCAUGUCUAUCACCAAGGCCCUCCUCACCCGCUGCCCCGCCUGCUCUGACAAUUUUGUGAGCAUACACUGCCAAAACACCUGUAGCCCUAACCAGAGCCUCUUUAUCAAUGUCACCCGUGUGGUUGAGCAGAACGCUUCACAGCCUCCGGCUGUGGUGGCCUAUGAAACCUUUUAUCAGAGCAGCUUUGCUGAGGCGGCCUAUGAGUCCUGUAGCCGGGUGCGCAUCCCUGCAGCUGCCUCGCUGGCCGUGGGCAGCAUGUGUGGGGUCUACGGCUCGGCCCUUUGCAAUGCCCAGCGCUGGCUCAACUUCCAGGGAGACACAGGGAAUGGCCUGGCUCCGCUGGACAUCACCUUCCACCUUGUGGAGCCUGGCCAAGCCUUGGCAGAGGGGAUACAGCCUCUGAAUGCGGAAAUUGCACCAUGCAAUGAGUCCCAGGGUGCAGACUCGGCAGCCUGUUCCUGUCAGGACUGUGCAGCAUCUUGUCCAGUCAUUGCUCGGCCUCCGGCGCUGCCCCCUUCCUUCUACAUGGGUAAAAUGCCAGGCUGGUUGGCUCUCAUCAUUAUCUUCGCUGCGGUCUUUGUGUUGUUCACUGCUGUCCUUGUGCGUCUUCGAGUGGCUUCCAACAGGAAAAAGCGCAAGACACCAAGCCCCCAGGAAGCCCCCAACCGCCCUCGUAAGCGCAGAUUCUCACCUCACACUAUCCUUGGCCGGUUUUUCCAGAACUGGGGCACAAAAGUAGCCUCGUGGCCACUCACCGUCUUGGCACUGUCCUUCGUUGUUGUGAUAGCUUUGUCAGUAGGCCUGAUGUAUAUAGAACUCACCACAGACCCCGUGGAACUGUGGUCAGCCCCCAAAAGUGAAGCCCGGAAAGAGAAGGCUUUCCACGACGAGCAUUUCGGCCCCUUCUUCCGAACCAGCCAGGUUUUUGUGACAGCUCGAAACAGGUCCAGCUACCAGUACGACUCCCUGCUGCUAGGGCCCAAGAACUUCAGUGGGAUCCUGUCCCUGGACCUGCUGCUGGAGCUGCUGGAGCUCCAAGAGAGGCUUCGCCACCUGCAGGUGUGGUCCCCGGAGGCGGGGCGCAACAUCUCCCUGCAGGACAUCUGCUACGCCCCCCUCAACCCGCACAACACCACCCUCUCGGACUGCUGUGUCAACAGCCUCCUUCAGUACUUCCAGAACAACCGCACGCUCCUGCUGCUCACGGCCAACCAGACGCUUGGUGGUCAGACUUCCCUGGUGGACUGGAAGGACCACUUCCUCUACUGUGCCAAUGCCCCUCUCACAUUCAAGGACGGCACGUCUCUGGCCCUGAGCUGCAUAGCUGACUACGGGGCUCCUGUCUUCCCCUUCCUUGCUGUUGGGGGGUAUCAAGGGACGGACUACUCGGAGGCAGAGGCGCUGAUCAUAACCUUCUCUCUCAAUAACUUCCCUGCUGAUGAUCCCCGCAUGGCCCAGGCCAGGCUCUGGGAGGAGGCUUUUCUGAAGGAAAUGCAAGCCUUCCAGAACAGCACAGCUGACAAGUUCCAGGUUGCAUUCUCAGCAGAGCGCUCUCUGGAGGAUGAAAUCAACCGCACCACCAUCCAGGACCUGCCUGUCUUCGCCAUCAGUUACAUUAUCGUCUUCCUGUACAUCUCCCUGGCCCUGGGCAGCUACUCCAGAUGGAAACGAAUAGCGGUGGAUUCCAAGGCUACUCUGGGCCUAGGCGGGGUGGUUGUUGUGCUGGGAGCAGUCAUAGCUGCCAUGGGCUUCUACUCCUACCUGCGUGUCCCGUCCUCUCUGGUUAUCAUCCAAGUGGUACCUUUCCUGGUGCUGGCCGUGGGAGCUGACAACAUCUUCAUCUUUGUUCUUGAGUACCAGAGGCUGCCUAGGAUGCCUGGGGAACAGCGAGAGGCCCACAUUGGCCGUGCCCUGGGCAGUGUGGCCCCCAGCAUGCUGCUGUGCAGCCUCUCUGAGGUCAUCUGCUUCUUCCUAGGGGCCUUGACCCCCAUGCCGGCUGUGCGGACCUUUGCCUUGACCGCUGGUCUGGCGAUUUUCCUCGACUUCCUGCUCCAGAUGACUGCCUUUGUGGCCCUGCUCUCCCUGGAUAGCAAGAGGCAGGAGGCCUCUCGCCCAGACGUCUUAUGCUGCCUUUCACCCCGGAAACUACCUCCACCUGAACAAAACGAGGGACUCUUACUCCGCUUCUUCCGAAAGAUAUACGCUCCCUUCCUGCUGCACAGGUUCACCCGCCCUGUUGUGAUGCUUCUGUUUCUGGCCCUGUUUGGAGCGAAUCUCUACUUCAUGUGUCACAUCAGCGUGGGACUGGACCAGGAGCUGGCUCUGCCCAAGGUGAGUGGCGUCUUCUCAUCCCUUGGUCCUGAGACCUGGGAGAAGCAGCAGUUGGGGCCUCCGGUGUACUUUAUCACCACCUCGGGCUACAACUUCUCCAGCGAGGCAGGCAUGAAUGCCAUUUGCUCUAGCGCAGGCUGUGACAGCUUCUCCCUAACCCAGAAGAUCCAGUAUGCCACUGAAUUCCCUGAAGAGUCUUAUCUGGCGAUCCCAGCAUCCUCCUGGGUAGACGACUUCAUUGACUGGUUGACUCCAUCCACCUGCUGCCGCCUUUACUCCUUUGGUCCCAAUAAGGACGAGUUCUGUCCUUCAACCGACACUUCCUUCAACUGUUUAAGAAACUGCAUGGGCUUCACGCUGGGCCCCGUGAGGCCCACACCAGAACAGUUUGACAAGUACCUGCCCUGGUUCCUGAACGACCCACCCAACAUCAGAUGUCCCAAAGGGGGUCUAGCAGCGUAUAGAACCUCUGUGAAUUUGAGCUCAGAUGGCCAGGUUAUAGCCUCCCAGUUCAUGGCCUACCACAAGCCCCUCAGGAACUCAGAGGAUUUCACAGAAGCUCUCCGGACGUCCCGGCUGCUAGCAGCCAACAUCACAGCUGAGCUGCGGAAAGUGCCCGGCACAGACCCAGACUUCGAGGUCUUCCCCUACACGGUCUCCAAUGUGUUCUAUGAGCAGUACCUGACUGUCCUCCCUGAGGGGAUCUUCACACUGGCUCUCUGCUUUGUACCCACCUUUGUUGUCUGCUACCUCCUGCUGGGUCUGGAUGCACGUUCAGGCAUCCUCAACCUGCUCUCCAUCAUCAUGAUCCUCGUGGACACCAUCGGUCUCAUGGCUGUGUGGGGUAUCAGCUACAACGCUGUGUCCCUCAUCAACCUUGUCACGGCAGUGGGCAUGUCUGUGGAGUUUGUGUCCCACAUCACCCGGUCCUUUGCUGUCAGCACCAAGGCUACCCGGCUGGAGAGGGCCAAGGAUGCUACCGUCUCCAUGGGCAGUGCGGUAUUUGCUGGAGUGGCCAUGACUAACUUCCCAGGCAUCCUCAUCUUGGGCUUUGCUCAGGCCCAGCUUAUCCAGAUCUUCUUCUUCCGCCUCAACAUCGUGAUCACCUUGCUGGGCCUGCUGCAUGGCCUGGUCUUCCUGCCAGUUGUCCUCAGCUAUCUGGGACCUGAUGUUAACCCGGAUCUGGUACUGGAGGAAAAACUAGCCACAGAGGCAGCAACGGCUCCAGAGCCUUCUAGUCCCAAGUACCCCAUCCCUGACACAGACUAUGUUAACCCUGGCUUUGAAGACUCUACCCCUGGAGCUAGUGCUGCUGGCAGCUCUUCGCUCAAAAGUGGCCAGAAGUUUUAAUGGAGUGGGAGGUCAUUCAGGCUCUGUGUCUUCCCUCUGGGUGUCCUCAAGGCCUGGGGGAGGUUGUUCUAAAAAAAUGGCUGGCAUUCUGACUAUGAGGCAGCCAUCAGCACUGGCCGUGGCCCCUUGCUCUCAUACCAGGUUCCCGAGGCUUUGGUCAGUGUGAGAUUGCCUCCUCCUUCUGGCCCAGGGUCCUGGGGCUGCUGAGGACAUGUCUGUCUCAGGCUCAGUCAGGGUAGAUAUUCUCACCCAGUUUUUUCCCUCCCUUAUCAAAACUAUCUCUAGGGCUGGAGAGAA